AUGUCUGAUUCACAGGCGAACGGCCCCGAGGCCAACGGCAUGUUAGAUCAACGACGUUCGUUUUUUUAUCCUGACAGCAGUAGUGAUACAGAAGAAUAUUGUAGAGACACCGAAGAACGUCGUAAGCGCCUUUCUAAGCGUAACGGAUCUGGUAUUCGCGGCAGAAUGCCUCCAAAGAAUCAAAAUCAGAGUGUGCCUACGCCGUCCACUUCCACCCAAGAGCCGCCACGCAACGGCCAAAAAAGCCAGUUGAUCGACGAUAGAAUUACGCUGGUGGUGGAUAACACAAGAUUCGUAGUGGAUCCAGCUCAAUUCACAGCACAUCCUAAUACUAUGCUUGGAAGAAUGUUUAGUUCCGGUUUAGAAUUUACGCAUCCUAACGAUCGCGGAGAGUAUGAAGUAGCGGAAGGCAUAUCUGCAACGGUAUUUCGCGCUAUCUUAGAGUACUACCGUGGAGGCACUAUCCGGUGCCCGCCCACCGUUUCUGUGCAAGAGCUACGGGAGGCCUGUGACUAUCUCCUAGUGCCCUUCGACGCGAAUACAGUGAGAUGCCAGAACCUGCGGGGUCUGCUCCAUGAACUAUCGAACGAGGGUGCGCGCCGUCAGUUCGAAUCGUUCCUGGAGCGACUAAUUCUUCCUCUUAUGGUGGAGUCAGCUCAACGUGGUGACCGCGAGUGCCACGUGGUUGUGCUGUUGGACGAUGACGCGGUGGAGUGGGACGAACAGUACCCCCCACAGAUGGGUGACGAGUACAGCCAGACCGUGCUCUCCACGCCCCUCUACAGAUUCUUCAAGUACAUCGAGAACAGAGACGUAGCAAAACAAGUAAUGAAAGAGCGUGGCUUAAAGAAAAUACGCCUGGGAGUAGAGGGCUAUCCAACCUACAAGGAGAAGGUCCGCAAACGACCUGGGGGUCGCGCUGAGGUCAUCUACAAUUAUGUGCAGCGUCCCUUUAUCCACAUGUCCUGGGAGAAGGAGGAAGCAAAGUCCCGUCAUGUCGAUUUCCAAUGUUUCAAGUCCAAAUCGGUCACUAACUUGGCUGAAGCCACCGCUGAUCCUGUUAUUGAGUUGGAACCGAAUAGAGUGAGAGAGGAGGAAGCACCCGAACCUCCUCCCGAAGUUGGCGAGGAAGAAGGUCAGUGA